AUGAUCGUUGCAUUGUACACCUGCUUCCAGGCCGUUGCCGUCCUGUCUAUGGCGCCUCUGUUCCCUUUACUCGAGAAGGAAUGGAACCUCAAAAACAGUAACCAGUUAACCAUGAUAACCGGUAGCUCUGUUCUCGUUCUCGGAUAUGGAAACUUCGUUGUGAUUCCGUUUUCGAACGUCUUUGGGCGUCGUGCCACGGUUCUCAUCUUCGGUGUGCUGUUCCUUGCAUGCCAGAUCUGGCAGGCUCUCGCCAAGUCGUAUGGGAGUUUUAUUGGUGCAAGGAGCCUCGUUGGUCUUGCUGCAUCGCCGAGCGAGACUAUCGUUGUCCAAGUAGUCGCUGAUAUCUUCUUUCUGCACGAGAGGGGUGCAUGGGUUGGUUUCUCCAUGCUGGCUGCAUUCUUGGGCACGUUCCUGGGUCCUGUUAUUGCCGGUGCAAUGGCUGAACAUCACGGCUGGAGAAGCUUCUUCUGGCUCUCUCUCGGGAUUUUUGCAUUCAUCAUGGUGCUGAUAGUAGUCUUGUUUCCGGAAACGAAAUAUCGCCGCAAACUUAACGAAGCUUCCACCAUGGGCACUGUGGUCUUGGAAGAUACAUCAAAGCCAUCAGUCCAACACGUCGAUACAAGCGAACAAAGUGCAGUCGUUGCGCCUACUGGCGGCGGUCGGCCCAGUAUGAGGCAGUAUCUCCCCAUACAGAGAUCAGAUAAUCGCUGGAAAGCAUUCCUCAUCCGAGACUUCUUCUCUCCCUUCCGCAUCGUUGUGUACCCCAUCAUCCUCUGGGCGGCACUCUGUCUCACCGGGCCGGCCGAUCUCACUCUCUACUACAAUCUGACCGAAUCGACAAUUCUCAGCGCCUCGCCAUAUAAUAUGCACCCGAUAGACGUUGGAUAUACGAAUUUUGCCUUUGCAAUUGGAUCUGUGGUUGGCGUCCUGACCGCCGGCCCUUUCUCGGAUUGGAUGAUCAAGCGUGCAACGAUCAGAAACAACGGGAUUCGCGAAGCGGAGAUGCGCUUACCGGCGCUCAUCCCGUUCGGUAUUGCGCUGGCUGUGGGAAUGGCCCUUACCGCCGCAGCAACACAGUACAGGUGGCCUUGGCCAGUUCUUGUGGUCUUGGGAUACGGCAGUGCAGGGCUGGGCAUUACAAGUGUUCCCACCAUUGGAAUCGCUUAUGCCGUCGACUGCUAUAAGCCUGUCAGUGGAGAGCUCAUGGUCAUCGCUACGGUUAUGAAGAAUACCUCUGGCUUCGCCAUGUCAUAUUGGGUUCCCAGUUUGGGCGAAGCACAUGGCUUGAUGGUGCCGCUCAUGGUCUGGUUCACGUUCACAAUGCUACCGCUCUUCCUGGCCAUACCUCUCUGGAUUUGGGGGAAACGGUUACGCCGGUGGACCAAGGAUGCGUGCGUGCAUAAAUAUGAGGAGCUCCUGUAG